AUGACGCCCGACGACGAUGUUUUCUCGACCCCAGGCUCGUCGUUCUUCGGCAACGCGUUGCUCUCUUCGUCUCCCCGGAAUGACUCGACGCCGCCGACUUCAGACUUCGCUGGUUCGAGCCAUAAUACACCCGGAUCGUCUCGUCACCGGACACCAGUGAAGUCAUUGGACGCCCCAUGGGGGGUCAGUCUUGGGGCGCAGGACCUCAGGUUCGAGUCCACGCCCCCUCCGUCCUCGCAGUUUCCGGCUGCGUGCGACAUCACCCCAACCCCCGCACCGAAGAUCAGGAAAGCAACACCCAAUACCGUCCGACCGCCACCAUGUUGCCAAAUCAGCAUCGCGGUUGCGCGAGACUUCAUCAACAAAUCCAACCCAGGCCUACCUCGGCUCUCGAACACAACCGACGAGCGUGCCUACGAGCAGUGGGCCACAAUUGUCCGCGACGCCCUGAUGGCGGGCAAAAUGUUCAAGUUCGUCGACGGCUCGCAUCCCGAACACAGCGGCACGCGCUUCCACCGCAGUGGCGACACCAAAACUGCAGACCUCAUCCGUCUCGCCUAUAUCGACGCUGCAGGCUGUCCCGACCCGCCCGCCCUGCACAAGAGUCUGGAACUAACCGCCGCCGGUCUCUGGGAUCGCAUUCGCGCCGCACACACUGCCAUCCCGCCAGACAACAGCACCGCCGCCAUUACCUCCACCCCGCCCCUUUUCUCGUGUUCCCUCGCCACAUCUUCGCUCCCGUCUCUCCCGCCUGCCCAGCCUUCUGACCACUUCGAUUCGGCGUCUAGUAAGGCGCGAUAUCUCAUGGGGAAAUUCCAGUCUGCCAAGCUGGAUGAGCUUGGCGGCGAUGUUGGACACUUUGCCAACCAUCUUGAGGCAAUCGUGCACCGGUUGGAGUCGCUCAAUUUCCCCCUCCCGUCCUACGUGCUCGUCUUUAAGUUUUUAGACGGCGUGGAGUGUGAGUUUAGCAAGAAGGUGAAAGAGCUUAGUCAGAAGUAUGGAGAUGCGUUGUGGAAGGGCGAAGAUGGUGACAUGGGUGAUGGGCAGGGUGGCGGCUUGCCGUUUGCCGUGGUGAGAGGGGCAAUUGUGGAGGAGGAGAGAAGGUUAAGGGAGGAGAAGGAGAAUAUGGAGAAAGACGAGGCUACGAGGCUACAGCUUGAGAGGAUAGACGAGGAAGAAAGGCGUGAAAAGGCACGGAAAGAGAGGAAAGCGAUUGAGCAGAAGCCGUGGUGGUCUGGAGAAGAUUUCGUCGAGGUCAGGGAAGAGUGGAGAGGAAAUGUGGCAGGAGAACGAAUGGGUUCUGAAGACGAAGAUUCGGAAUCAUCCGCGUCUGUAGCGGAUGCGGAGCUGGAAAGAUUACAGAAAGAGAUUCAAGAGUCUGUGGAGUCUGACGAGGCUGACACCAGCAAAGAGGAGGAAGAUAUUUCGAAAAGGCCGAUCUUGCAGGCCAAGAAAACUAGCCGAGACGGUGAGGAGCAGGUGCAAAAGCAGCAAGCAAAUGGAAUUUUACAAGUAAAGGAUACUGAUGACGAAGAGUCCGAGAGCCCUCUAGAAGAAACCCACCAAGGACUGGCAUCCAGCGCUGGAAGGAAAGGUUCUACAACCCCAGAGCAGGCCCAAAAUCCAAACGAGCGAUUGAGAGUAUCGGAAACUCCUGUGGUGCGGCCGGCCGUUCAACCCCACGCAUCCAGCAAGACCUCAUCUUCACAAGCAACCGUUCUCGCCAAGUCUCCGUCACGCGUAGGAGAGGUCCUUGGGGACUCGGUCCGACACGAAUCGAGCGUCUCUGAAUCCUCAACCGCAAAUCUCGGUUCCUUAACCAAACUUCUUAAAGCAGGUCCUUUCUCCUCAGCUCCUGCUACUGCGUCUAUCCAGAAGCUCCCAGUUUCAACCUUCCCAUUGCCCAGGGACCCAGACGAGCCCUACUCCGACCGUGAAUCUACCGCUGCAGCGGUCCAGCGCGCCCGCGGCGCCAAGGCCGCUGCAAAACUCAUCAGGAAGCAAAGGCGCGAAGAGGCGAAGGCGAAAAAGGACAAGCCGAAGAGACGCGAGACGAAGCUUCUCGAUGCCGCUCAGCAACAUGAGAGUGCCGCCGGUACCAUCGCCGAUGACACGGCUGCGACCAGUAAGGUGCGGAGGAGGAAGACGGUGGCGGAGGCAAAUGAAGCGUUUGAUCGUGAAUACAGCAGAUCUAGCAGCAUGAGGACGCCGUGUUAUAGGUGUAAGAAAACGAGCCAUCUGAACUAUUGUCAGUGCCCGUGGAAUCCCAGCGUGGCGAGGGAGGAGAAUACGGGAGUCUUGAUGAAUGUGGCGUUUACGAGGGGGCCGUAUGUCGACUUUAAGGUUGAGAAAAAGGAGAAAGAAACGAAAGAGAAGUCAGCGGUGGUGGUGGGUAAAGGAGAGGAUAAGGAGAAAAAGAAGAAAAGCAAGAAGGAUAAGAGAGAGAAGAAGAAGGAGAGGAAGAGGAAGCAGAGGGAAGAGGAUGAGUACGAGGUCGCAGAGGUCGGGAGCCCAAGUAAAACGUUAAGGAGGGGUUCAUUGGUGCUGUAG